CGAACUAUACGUCAGAUACAAAACAUUUGUUAAUUGGGAAACGUCAAACUGAAGCCAAGUGACGACCGAACGAAGAAAAACAUAACACAGGAAGGACGCGGAAAAAAGUGAUCAGUAGAUAAAGCAAAUUUACUUUCUUAAAUCACACGAUACACUACAACCGAGUGAGCAACAUGGUUUCAUUACAAGUGCGAGAGAUUGUGGACCAAUUUAACUUUGGCGAUUCCCAAACCACUAACGUAAACAAAGCGUUAGCUUAUGUUGAUACAAAGGCUCGGAACCGGGAGCUAGACAUCGAGGCUGCCCGUUCCGAAGUGGAAAGCAUCUACUUACGUGCUAAACUACAGUGGGAUCAGUGUAAUCGCGUUCGAGGCACUUUUGAAGCAAAUAAUGCAGAAUGGUUGGCUUCCAAAUUCCCGACCCAGUUACUGUCCAAUGGUGCUUCUACAUCGAAUACAAAUAGCUGUAGUCUGGCAGCUGACUACGAACAGUCCAGUGAGCUUGCUGAACGAAUGAAAAUACGGUUUAUGGAGCAUUCAGAAGAGUCAGCGAACGAAAGAACAUCACCUACACGAAUCGCUCGCCGUAAAGCAUAUCGGCUCAAAGAAUAUAACAUCAUGAAGCAGAUCAGCUUGUUGCUACAAUCACCACGCGAUCUUCUCAUAUCAACGGAUCAUUCUGAUAUGCUGUCCGAUGAAGAAGUACUGGCAUUCUACAUAGACCUGGGUCUGACCGAAGCCCAGUACAAAUCAAUGAGCAGCCUUGUGCCUUCCCGCUUUCCAUCGUUUAAUGCCAUCAGAAGAGCAGAAGCUUUAUGUGUGCCGUUUCUUGAAAAAAUUGUGACUACAGAGUGUGCAGUGAAAAUGGAAAUGCAAUGUCUGGUUGAGUAUACGGUGCGAAGAAUAUUGGAGAUGCAGAAGAAAGUGUUAAGGGAUUUUUUAACGGAGAACCAGUUGAACGUCCUCAAAUUACGAUGUGUUUUCACCUACGGCAUAGAUGCCACAUCGGGCCAUGGUACUGACGUUUUGAUCAGUGUGUUAGUCCCAAUUCAACUUCACCUGGACGAUGCGUCACAUCACAUUUUUUGGCUCAACGUUACUCCGCAGAAUUAUCGUUUUUGUAGACCAAUUUCAUUGCAGCUAGCGAAGCCAUCAAAAGCAUUAGUCCUUCAAACCAAGCACAGUGUUGAUGAACAAAUUACCAACCUAAAACCAAUGCACAUUGUUUUGGAGUAUGAUAAAGCAAUCGAUGUGGAGUUUGAAUUUGUGUUAAGCAUGAUCGAGGGUAAAGUUUUAUCAUACAUGCUGGAUGAUUCGUCGACCACUUGCUGUCUGAUUUGCUGCGCAACCCCAUCAGAAAUGAUGGACGCUUCAAUACUGGCAUCGGGCUUUAUUGGGCAAGAGGAACCGUUGGUGUAUAGUAUUUCACCCAUCCAUUGUUGGGUAACAUUUUUCGAGCUGCUGCUACAACUGUCAUAUAGGAUGGACUUCAAAGAAUGGCAAGUCCCGGAAGAGCAACGAACCACAUUUAACGAAAGAAUGAAAACCGUGCAACAGCGUCUCUACGAAGCGUUUGGCGUAAGAGUAGCAGAAGCAGAUGCGGGAUCUUCCUCCAGCACAAGCACAAUGGGAUACAUCAGCCGACGAGUGUUUGACGAUCCCGCUCUUGCAAGUACCACGCUCAACAUCGACGAAGAUCUUAUCGAACGCUUCAGAAACAUUCUCAUCGCAAUCAAUAGUCGUCAUCCGCUGCACCCCGCAAAGGUUCAACAGUACGGCAGCGACACCUAUCGCAAAUAUCUGGAGCUCUACAGCUGGUCCCGAGUUCCGGCAUCAGUGCACAAAGUCUUAGCACACGCCGGUCAACUGAUAGUACGCUCACCUGUGCGUUUAGGCUAUGUUGGCAAGAAGUCUGGUGAGAUCGAGCAUAACUAUUUCCCUUCAGAUAGGAAGCUCUGUGCAAGAACAACUUCAAAGCAAGAUUCUUUAAAGGAUGCGUUUGUGGAAACACUUAUCAGCAGCGAUCCCAAAAUAAGUUCUAUAUCGCUUAGUAAUAGAAUCAAGCGUAAAAAACGAGCGGCUUAUCCGGAUGUAGUAGCGAGCUUUUUCAUAUUUGAUGAAAGCUAUUGUGAAACCGAUGACGACGAUGAUUAUAAUAGCGGCGACGACGAUGAGGACGAUUUGGACUCGCUCGAUGAAUUUUGGACCGAGUUAGAUUGGUUAAAUGAGGAUAUUGCGCACGUGAAAGGUUAAUUUUCUCAACCAAUAAUUAAUGUUUUGUAAUGUCAAGAAGAAUUAAAUGUAUUACGAAUUUGAGUGAGGAUUUGUUAAAGAAGUAUAAUAAAAAUGCUGGAAUAAUACUA